GGCUCUCAGGUGAGCUGUUGCCCUAUAAAAGAUGAAGCUUCUCUGUGGUAGAUACGAUCGACUGGCGUCACCCUCCGAUAUCAACCAUCCAUCAUUCAUCCUCUACAGUGGUGUUAAGGACUUGGAGAAAUCUGCAAAAAUGAAACUGGCCAUCCUUUGCCUCUGUCUGGCGAGCACAGUCUCGGCCGCACCUUCCUUCUUUCAUUACCUGCCUCAUUACGCAGGCUCCAGACAACCAUCUUCACAGGUGAAAAACUCCUUCGCAGCUGGUCAGCCUCUACCACAGCCUGGAAUACCUGGAGCGUACAGUGUGGAGCUGAUUUAUCCCCACAGAUUCCCUGGUACAGGUGGAGCAACACAGCCCUUCCCCUCUCAUGGUUUCAUCAAAUACUCCAUCCCUCAGCCACCAGGCAGACAGAGUGUGGAAGUGUACUACCCCUAUGACUUCUCCCAGCAGAGGAUAAUGACAAACAUGCCUCCCAUGGCAAAUGUCCCCGUGAUGCCAAAUGUGCUGCCAUUUGACUAUCCUCCUCAAAAUAUUCCCCAGCAAAUCCCAAAUAUUCCCUCAUUUGAUGCCAAUCCUCUCCCGUCCCAGGAUCCCAUGCAGCCUCUCCAGCAGGACCAGCCCACACAGACAAGCCAGAUGCCGGCGAAGGUGUGAAGUGGCUGAGAUGCACAUGAAGCAAUAUUUAUUUCUCCCUAACAUUCGGACAUCUGCAACUUGUUAAAUAAUUGGAACUGAAUCUGUUUCUGCAACACAUGGACGUGCUUUCUAAAGAUAAAACAAAAUGCUAAGAUGACGAUGAAAUAACCACCUUUUUGUUUAGGAAUAGUACUCAACUAAAUUACGACAUCUACAUAGAACGAAAUACAUUCUGAAGAAUUUUGUGCUUUACUUUAGUCUUCAUAGAUUUCCCUUUUUUUUCAUUGAUGAGGCAUUUUGUAAUGCUGUAUUUCCACAUCAUGUAACACAUGUGCUGCAUAUGUUUGUUAACUCAUUUUAACUUUUCCUUAAACGUCUUUUGCCCUUAAGAAAUAAAGUCUAAGUU